AUGUCCCAGGGAAGAAGUUGGAUCCCAGGUUGCACCCUGCUUGCACUGAUCACACUGUGUGCUCUAAUCCUCACUGCUCAGUGUCAGAGCCAGCACAAAGAAUCAAAGCAUCUGAAAGAUCUGAGACUUAUUCUGGUUGGAAAAACUGGAUCUGGGAAGAGUGCGACUGGAAACACCAUCCUGGGGAGUAGAAAUGUCUUUAAAGAGGGGAUGUCACCUGAGUCUGUGACAACACGUUGUCAGAAAGAACAAGUUACAAAUGCUGGAAGAGAGAUUGUUGUUAUUGACACCCCAGGGCUGUUUGACACACAAAAGACAAAGAGGGAUGUGAAAGGCAAAAUAGAGGAGUGCAUUUAUCAAUCUGUUCCUGGACCCCAUGCAUUUCUGCUGGUGAUCAGUCUGAAGGCGAGACACACAGAGGAGGAGAGGAAGGCUGUGGAGUGGAUCCAGAAUAAUUUUGGGUCAGGUGCCUCCUCGUACACCAUGGUCCUGUUUACACAUGCAGACCUGCUAAUGGAUAAAACUGUGGAGGACUAUAUGAGAGAGAGCCUCAGUUUACGCGAACUGGUCAGGUCUUGUGGAGGAAGAUACCAUUCACUCAUCAAUGGCGAGGGAGCCAGCCAUAGCCAGGUCCAAGAACUUCUAGAGAAGAUAGAGAAGAUGGUGGACUUCAAUGGAGGAAGACACUACACCAGUGAGAUGUACCUGCAAGCCCAGAAGGAGAUAACAAGGAAGGCGGAGGAGGAAAAGCAAAAAAGGAGGGAGGAGGAGGAAAGGAUCAGAGCAGAGGAGGAAAAAAUUGCUUGGUGUAAAAAGAUAUAUCUUGCUAGCAUGGCAGCAGUUGGUGGAGGAGCACUUUUUUCCUCACCCGUUCUCAUUGGUGUUGGCGCAUUGCUUGCAGCCACUGGAGGCUAUGAAUGCACUAAAGAAAUGUUUGACAAUUUUUGGAAAGAUACUAAACAGUAG